AUGAAGACGUUUAUUCUUUUGGUGUGCAGCCUGGCUUUGGUCAGUGCUUCAAUUGACCUGUCCAGCGUAAAGCGCGUUGAGGAGUUGGAUGCCUUCUGGGAGCAACUGGAUCCACAGCUGCAGAUGUUGCGGCCGACCAAAUCCAUUCCUGAAAACAGAAUCGUGAACGGUGCUGAAGCUCGGCCCGGACAGUUCCCGUACCAGGCGCUGGUGCUUAGUUUCUUCGAGGGAGACAACUCUGGACUGUGCGGUGGAACCGUGUUGACGAAUAACUUUGUGCUGACUGCUGCCCAUUGCGUUCAAAUCGGAACCGUGGCCACACAUGGAACGGUUGUCCUCGGAGCUCACAACCGUCAACACCUAUAUUGCGACGUUACUUCGAAAUGA